AUGUUGCGACUCAGCGCUAGCCCAUACGAGGAGUCGUUGAGCAUUCCAGAGCUCUUCGUGAGGUAUCUCAAAGCGAGCAGUUGGACAGAUCAACUGGCCAUUGUUCAUGCCAAUCCCUUGCUCUUUACAGACGACAUUGUAGCGGCCCUGAGGGAUGCACGCGUCCAGAUUGACAAGACGGCUCGGGAGGUGAAGGAGGCCUGCCGAGUGAUCGACGCUGUCUCUGGCACCCUCGAGUACACGGAUACACAAAUUGAGCUGCAGCGAAGCGAGUCCAAGGCGCUCUUGGACGACGAUACGCUUCUCAAGAAAUUUGCUACCUCUUUGGCGAGUCUCUUGGAAGCACGAGAAACGGCGGGGUUGGCGGUGCUACCUUCCGCCCCUUGUCUCUCGACCGCCGGUCACGUCUCACGGAGUCCUGGUACACUUCAACAAAACUCGCCCGAGAUGUGGUUUAGGCAACCGUCUCUGGUUUUCUCUGUUCUCGCGUUCCUGCCGGCAGAGGAAAUCUUUAUGGCGGUGGAAAACGUCUGUCGGGCGUGGCAGGGGUGGCUCUUCAUGCCUGACAUGUCCCGCUUUUUCUGGGUGGGCUGCGUGCAGCGCGAGUUUCCACAGCAACUACAGGCACUGCUGCAGACCGUCGGCGGCGAUCUCUAUCAGUGUGAUUGGCGGUCGCUUGCUAUGUUGUGCGUAACGGAAGUGGAGCGCACGCGGGAGAAGUGGGAGGAGGCGGAUGAGGCAAGUGGUGGAGGGUGUGUGUUGCCUCUUUUACCGCAGCAGAGGGUGCCUGCUUGCUCUGGAGAUGGCGCUGCUUGA